AUGAGUUCCGCGUUACUUCCAAUUUCUUGUAUUUCUUGUCGAAAAAGAAAAAUAAAGUGUAACAGAAUCAAACCUUGUGAUCAAUGUAUAAAGAGACAUUUACCAUGUGAAUUUCCAGAAAAGUUUAGAAAUAUCAAAAUUCAAGAAGAUGAAAUAAAGCCUGAACUUGACGGUGAACCUAAACUUGAACCUGAGGACGAUAUGAAUUCGAUAUAUGAUUACACUAGGAAACCUUCUGAAAACCUGAGCAUCUCAACAAGUGGCUCGGCAUCAAUACUAUCUUCAGCGCCAAGUAAAUCAACCGACUCAACUGAUUCAAUACCAACAAGUACCGACAGUGCCACAAAUUCCGACUCCCGUGAGAAAUGUAUGGUUACGAAGAAUCAUUCAACUGGGAAAAUUAGCCAUUCUUCUCCAUCAGCAAUACCCAUAACAGUUGGUUCAUUGAACAAUUCAAUUAUAUCUUCAAGUAAAAAUUUAAUCGACAGUGAUGCACCUAAUCAAGACAGUGACAAUUUGACCUUGUUGAGAGAUGAUUAUGACAUCAUGAAAGCGGCCAAUACACAGUUGUUAAGUAGUAAUCGAUUAUUAAAACGCCAAUUAGAAGAGUUACAACAAUCAACUCUUAGUCAUUUUCGUAGAAGUGAUAUGAGAAAUUGCCACGACAAUGCCCAUAAGAAUGGCAGCUGCAGUUGCAAUAAAACUACCAAAACUAUUGACAAUGGUAACCACAAUAGGGGAGACGCUAAUGCUAAUCUACUUCCAAAUUUGCCUAGAAGUGGUGAUAAACGUGCUAAUACAUCUGAUUCAUUUUCUGAUGAAUCACCAAACAAGAAAGAAAAAGUUGGAGUUUUUGGUUACUCCAAAUCUAGUUUCCCCAAAGAUUCAGCAAGUCAAAAUCAAGGAAUAUAUUCGAAUAACCAGUUCAACGAAGACAACAGUAGUAGUCCACCAAAGGAAACAUCAACCACGUCCACCGAUAGUAGUAGUAGUGGAGGAGAAAUUGGGCAAACACUUACUUUUCAACCAUUAUCUAAAGAGCAAAGAGAAUUACUUAAUGGGCGAAAGGUUCAUCGUGUUAAACGGAAUCGAGGUCAAGGAUUUUAUGAACACCAGGUGUCAAGCCAACCACCUGUGAACAAAAAUGGUUUACCUAAUCGUCUGGUGAAUCAUAAUCAUAAUUGGGAACAGGAUGCCGAGACUUAUCAAGAUCAAGAAUCAAUAAAAUCCAGUAUCCAAAUACAAAAGAGUUUGAAAAAGAAAACAUUACCUAUAUUACCUUCUUAUUUAUUGAAAUAUGAUGACCCUGGUAUCAGUGUCGAUUCUACCACUUAUCAAGAUAUCAGUAGAUUAAAUUUUGAAGUGGUUGUUAAAUUGGUUGAAAAAUUUUUCGAAAACAAUUCAUACUAUCGUACAUUUAUAUCAAGUGUUCAUGUUUUUGAUUUCUUGAAUGGAUAUAAUUCAAUAAAUGAUAGAGAUUGGGAAAAUGACGAUGAUUUAUUAUUGGUAUAUAUGAUUUUAUGUUUAUCCAUUGAAAGAUUGAGUCCCCAAGAUUUUGUUGAAUUAAACUUAUUACCUGAUGGUUCAUUGAAUAUUUGUACAAAAUAUCGAAAGUUUCUUACUCGUCAAGUCCUAUAUAAAAGUUUUGAACGAUUGAAAGAAAAUUUAGUUGAUGAGUCGAUGAUUACCAUUCAAACUUAUAUUUUAUGUUCAGAAUGGUUAUUUUUACAACAAAACUAUGAAGAAUGUUGGCAAAUGAUGUUCCAUGCUUGUUCCAUUUCAUUUUCAAUUGGAUUACAUAUUAUGAAUCAAUUUCGGGCAACUAAUACCAAAGAAAAUAAACCAUUUAAGAACGUUGUCGACGCUACUAUGGGAGAAUCUGACUCCAGCAGUGAAAAAAAGGAUACGAUGGAAUUGGAAGAGGAUAAAAAAAAUGAAGACGAAGAAUUGAAUGCUCAGCAGUAUCGUCUUUGGUAUGCUCUCAAAUAUCUGACCUCAGUGAUCUGUUCAAUAUUUGGGCGACCAAACCCCAUCUCUGUGAAAGUUGGUAUGAUUGAUAGUACACCAUUGAAUCAAAUAGAUCAAAAGUUACAUGUUUUACUUAAAUCAGAAUCAAGUGAGCUGUUAAGAUUGUCAAAUCUUAUGUUGAUUGAAAAUUAUAUGAUUGAUAUCUCAUUUGAAAAUGUAAUGACGUUGAAAUUGAAAUUUGACACUGAUAUAUUGACUUUGGAAGAUUCUUAUGAUAGCAUUCAUGGAAAAAUUACAUGCAGCUUGAUUGGUGGUUCAGAACAACAAAAUAAAUCAAAUGACAAUGCUAAUAAGUGGAUUGGUUAUGAUGACUAUACUAAAGGCUCAUUAACUACUAAAGAAUUGGAUGUAUUAUCUGAUACUAUUAUUUUGCACAUUAAUAGUGUAAAAUUGUUGGAACCAUUUGUUAAGAAAUAUGAAACACAAAAAGGCAAGGACACUCUUUCGGAGAAACAAAUUGAUUCAAUUGGMAAWUUUUACAACUAUUGA